CGCCGACAAGUGCAUUAGCCUAACUCAUCCCGGCGUGCCUGCCCGGGCCUUGGCGUUCCUCAAAGCACGACGGAAAGACCGGCUUGCGAUAUAGCGAGGACUCUCGUGUAGUCGUCCGGACGUUUUUUAAGUCGGCUGGGCGAUGGCCUCCCUCAUGGACUACUUCCGGCGAGGCGGCUCCCGGUACUCGCGGCUCCCGACCAACGACGCUACCAGCGAGCUUCCCGAGAGCGCUGCGCAUGGCCAGGCGGUUCCCGAUCACCGAGCCCACUCCCGCCAUGAACGGAGCAGACGUGCUUUCAAGGUCGCUGCCCUCGCGCUCAUGCUGCUGAUGGCUGGCUUCCUGGCCGUCACCUUCCUCCGGGCGGCGACCUCCACGGCCCAGCACUGCGACACUCCCGAGCGGGGGUUUCAGUGCAGCCCCACGACCUCGCACUUCUGGGGCCAGUACUCACCAUACUUCUCGGUGCCGUCCGAGAUCGAUGCGUCGGUCCCAGAGGGCUGUGAACUGACCUUUGCACAAAUCCUCUCCCGCCACGGCGCGAGAGCGCCGACCCACAGCAAGGCCGUCUUCUACGCCAAGGUCAUCGACGACAUCCAGCAGACCGCCACCUCGUACGCCGCCGGCUACGAGUUUCUCAAGACCUACAACUACACGCUGGGCGCGGACCAGCUCACCCCGCUGGGCCAGCAGCAGAUGGUCAACUCGGGCCUCAAGUUCUACCGCCGGUACUGCUCGCUGGCGCGCAAGUCCGUGCCCUUCAUCCGCACCUCGGGCCAGGAGCGCGUCGUGCAGUCCGCCCAGAACUUCACGCAGGGUUUUCACGCUGCCCUGCUCGCGGACCCCAAGGCCACGGCCCCGCACGACUUCCCUUACGACAUGGUCGUCAUCUCGGAGGCCGCCACGGCCAACAACACGCUGCACCACGGCCUCUGCACGGCCUUCGAGGAUGGCGUCUACUCCACCAUCGGCGACAGCGCGCAGGCUACCUACCAGGCCGUCUUCGCGCCGCCCAUCACGGCGCGCCUCAACGAGCACCUGCCCGGCGCCAACCUCUCCGACGCGGAGACCGUCGCGCUGAUGGACCUGUGCCCCUUCGACACCGUCGCCUCCUCCCCCUCCGCCUCCCUCUCCCUCUCCCCCUUCUGCCACCUCUUCACCGCGGCCGAGUGGCUCGCCUACGACUACUACCAGUCGCUGGGCAAGUGGUACGGCUUCGGGCCGGGCAACCCGCUGGGGCCGACGCAGGGGGCGGGCUUCGCGAACGAGCUGGUGGCGCGGCUGACGCGGGCUCCCGUGCGCGACGCGACCAGCACCAACGCCUCGCUCGACGCCGACCCGCGCACCUUCCCGCUCGACCGCGCGCUGUACGCCGACUUCAGCCAUGACAACGACAUGAUGGGCAUCCUGGGCGCGCUGGGCGUGUACGACGGCGUCGUGGGCAAGGUGGACAACACCACGCGCACGGGCCCGGAGCGCAACAGCGGGUUCGCGGCCAGCUGGGCCGUGCCGUUUGCCGCCAGGGUGUAUGUCGAGAAGAUGCGCUGCGGUGGGGGCCGUGGGGGCCGUGGGGAUGAGGAAGCGGAGGAGGAGGAGAUGGUGCGCGUGCUGGUCAACGACCGCGUGAUGCCGCUGAAGGGGUGCGGGGCGGAUGAGAGGGGGCUGUGCACGCUGAGCAGCUUUGUCGAGAGCAUGGCGUUUGCGAGGGGCAAUGGGAGAUGGGAUUUGUGCUUUGCUUGAUACCCUAGAAAUGCCACAGUAUUGUUUUAGGAUGAAGCAGUGAGGCAUGAGAGCGUGGCGUUCAUUGACCCAGGUUGUAAACGCAAGCGAGUGUGGAGGUGUCUCGGGUUGCCUGCAACCCCUACUGAUACUCUUUGAAUCAUCCAGCCAGAUUUGACGAACUCCCAGAUCGCUGACCAUGAAAGAGCCGAGGGCGGUAAUCUGACGACCAUCGUCGUAUCAC